UGCCGAUCGCGGACAUGGACCCACUUCCAAAAUGCAGCAACACCGUUAUCCCUCGGAUUUUUCACAAUUGUUCCACGCCGUUUCCAUGACAGCCAACGAGAAGAUGGCUCCAUUGUUAGCAUGCAGUUCGAAUGCCGCGCGUCCGAACCCUAACGCGGCUCCCUGACAGCGAUACGUUGACCCCGAAUGGACGACAUAAUCAGCAGACAGUAAAGGCAACAGAUUGUGUCUCUACUUCAAAGUGCACUCUAUCGCCUCGAAAACCACCAAAUUUUGCAGCAUCCCUCCUUGACGGCUUUGCUGGGGCCGCCGAUGCUAGUCCAGUGGUUUCGCUACGUCUUAUGGCUUUGAACUCACAUGCUAAGCGGCUGCUUCACGGCAUCGAAGCCAAGCGGACGGGAAAGAUCACAGCUCAACGGCCACGCAUCAGCGCAGCAGACCGACUAUCCCCACUUAGCAGCCGUUCCGUACCACCACGUCGUAGUCAUCCUGACUCAAUCCGGACAACUGCCUUCGAGAUUCCUUCCUCUUUUCAAGGUCAUAUGACAGUUCAAGCUCUCCAAAUCAAUCCGGGUGCAUUUGUAUCACACCGGGACUUGGGCCGUUCUAGCCUUGCCCCCGAUGAGGUUAUUUUCGGUACGUCGUACAGGCUUUGGGCGACCUUCCAGAACGCUACGCCUUGCAGCCGCCACCUCGGAACCACUGGCGUACCUUCCAUGUCGGCUCUGCCGCUCCAGGAAGGCGCAGUCUGUGUUCUCGGACGGCGUUACGCAGAGUAACGUUGUGCUACAGAUUCGCGAGGACGCCGAAAGCAAGGAGCGGUGAGAAUGCUGGCUGAGCCCCUCGUCCUCCUCAUAACGACGCCGGCCUCACGCGCUUCGCGGUCCUACGGAACUUCUUCUAGAUCCGAUAUGUAAGGCAUAGCCGGGCUGAACGAGAUAUCUCCUUCUAAGCUCUGACACAUCUGUUCGGUGCUUGGUACCUCUUCCAGCCGCGGUCUCAUCGCCUAAUCGAACCAUUGUUCAUUCCGCUGCUUGCUCAAGGCGCAAUAGGGCAGAUAGCAUGGCUCGGCCAUGA